AUGGAGUCGAAACUGAGUUCAAGCCGGUCAGCUGAUAACGCCUACGAAGCGGAAUUCGGGGAGCCGCCUCACGACAAGUGUUGGAUAGUGUGGCUGAUAAUUAUGCUGCAUGGCAUUGGUGUGUUAAUUCCGUGGAAUAUGUUCAUCACUAUUGCUCCCCAAUUACUGUUUUCAGCCAUGACUUGGUUCUACUACGUCACGUUGACAAUAGUCGUCAUACUGAAUGGAUCCAAUGGCCUGUAUCAGGAUUAUUCCGCCGAGAGAAUGUUUCAGAACUCAGUGUUCGGCUUGACGGCCGAUUUUCCUGCAGCUUACACAAAUGCCAUCGUAGUUGGUAACAAUAUUUGCGGCACAUUCAUCAGCAUUCUCUCUAUUGCUACGAACUUAGCCUUCAUAACCGAUAGCAAGUCAGUGGCCUUAACAUACUUUUCAAUUACGUUGGCUGUCCUUGUCGUCUGCAUACUAUCGCUUUUCUAUUUGACUCAAGUAGAAUUCUACAAAUAUUAUGUCAACAAAGGUAAACAAGCCCGUAUUGCGGAGCAUGCCACUCGGCCCAGCUUACGACAGUUUUGCGAGACUUUCAAAGGCUGUUGGAUGCAACUACUCAGCGUGUUUCUGGUAUUUUUUGUCACACUUGCUGUGUUUCCUGCAGUACUGGCUGGAACGACACCCAACCGGAAAGGCGAACCGUGGAACAGCGAUAUACCUAAGGACAUCUAUCUCGGCCUCACAGUUUUUCUUAACUUCAACCUUCUUGCAGCCAUCGGUUCAACAACUGCCAACUUUGUUCAGAUUCCAGGACCGAACUAUAUUUUAUUUCCUGUGCUCCUACGCCUACUGUUCAUUCCAUAUUUUAUGCUCUGCAACUAUAACGUCGACGAUCGCGUGAUGCCAGUGCUUUUUGAAAACCAAUGGUUCUUCAUCAUCGGUAACGCCAUUAUGGCGUUUACCAGUGGCUACUUUAGCUCGCUUGCUAUGAUGUAUGCUCCGAGAGUUGUCCACAGUUCUCUAUCGAAAACUGCAGGAAUGGCGGCAGCAGCUAUUCUAGUUACAGGUACAUGCUUGCAUAUUCCAAAUGACCAGCAGUUCAACAAGAAAAUGGGUAAUACACAGAAGGAGAGCCCUUACAUAAUGAGUGAUAGGGGUUAUAACAAUUAA